CAGAAAUUCACCACUAAAAGUUGCACACCAUGCAAACAAAAACAAACGCAUAAACCCUAAUAAAUCAUAACUUCCACCACAACCUCAUAUAGCAUUUUUUUUUAAAACAAGAAUGAUCAGAAGCAAAUCCAUAACCAUAAAUUCCAACUCCGGAAACAAUAUUUCCACUGUCGCUGCCGCUGCGGUAGCUAUGAGACGUUCUGCUUCAAACGCAAACGCAAACGCAAACGCUGAGGUACAUACUCCUGAUCUUAACAGCAAACCACGGCGACCACGGUCAGUAGAGUUCCCGGUAUCUCCUCAACUGAUACAAGGAGAAGAGAUGGUCCAUUUCGGACAUCCACAACACGUGCUUGUCAAAGUUGAAUUGCCGGAUAUCUACACGUGUGCAGGGUGCAAAGAAGAAGGAGCAGGGAUUAGGUACGUGUGCCAAGAGUGUGAUUAUCAGCUCCAUGAGUUUUGUGCUUUGGCUCCUCCUUUACUCAAGUCGCAUCCUUUUCAUUACCAGCAUCAGCUUCUCUUCUUUGCCAAACCUGGGAAAGGAGGAAUAAUGAAAUCAAAAUGCGACGUGUGUGGAAGAUCACCUAAAGGUUACACAUAUAGAUGCAAAGCUUGCAGUUUCCAGAUGCAUCCUGGCUGCGCCAUGUUAUCUCCUUCCAUCUCAUCUUCCUCUCUCCAUCACCACCCUCUCCAACUCCUCCCCUCCUCCUCCUCCUCCUCCUCCUCAGCCAACACAACCGGCGGGUUCCUCUGCGGAGAGUGCAAGAGAGGUAAACGAGUUGGGAGGGUGUACCGUUGCACCGUUUGCGAUUACCACUUGCACGCCAUCUGUGCCAAGGACGCAGCCGUGAAUGGCCUCCGUGCAAACGGACACAAAGGGAGGGAUAGGUCUCCGGCGGUUUUGGGCACGGCGGCGAGGCUGGCGUCGCAGGUUGUGAUUGAUUUUCUUGGUGGUAUGAUGGAAGGUCUUGGUGAAGGUGUUGGUGAAGCCAUUUUGGACGGUGUAAGUAGAGGCGGUGGUGGUGGUGGAGGCCGCGGAGGAGGUAGUGGAGGUGUUACUGGGGUAAGUCCACGUGUCAAAGGAGGUUAA